CACACACCAGCGGCUUCUGAGGGACUUUUUCCGGAAAUAGAAUCCGAGUCACUGGAUGAUAUCCAUAUGUCGGAGGAAGGGGAUACAACUUGGAGCUCAUUGGAGCACGGGGGGUCCGAAGAAUGCCAGGAGCCAAGAGAAUCCGACGGAGACAAACCUGAGGAAAGAGAAGAGAUUGAUGAGAUUGAGAAAAUGGAAGAACUCGUGGAUAUGGAAGAGAGUCAGGAGCAAGAAGAAGGGAAAGAGACAGAGAAAACUGAGUUAUUCGAAGAAAAGGGAGAAAGUCACCAGGGAGAACUUGAAGAAAGAAGGGAUGAAACGCCAGCGGGGGUAGCUCAAUGGUUUGCUGCGAGCGGAAGCCCACCAUUGACGCCAGACCAGCUCGAGGAUGGGCGAAGAAUCCGGCGUGAGAGAGUGCAGCGACGAUUGAAGGCUGCUAGGCGUCACCAAAGGAAUAGAGUCAACAAGACGCCAUCAUUUGAGCAUCUUUACAGACACUCAAAGGGGAAAUGUCCAUCAACGAACAAAGGCCAGAGGAUGACCAGCCAAUUUGAUGCUUCCGAAACUCUUAUUGGCUUGGGAUUAAAGGAGGAAUAGGCAAGCUUCAUCUUGAUUUUCAUUUGAUUUGGUUAUCUGCUUUCUUAUUGCACAGGCAUUUCCUUUGGUUUCGUGUUGGAUUGACACAGAGUAAAGAUAUGGGUUCUUCUUUGGGGGUAUUGAUCGAGGGUUACGGCGUUGAAUUGAUGAUAUGGUAUAUUUCUAGAC